CUACAGACAACUCCAACCGAACAGAAAAUGCAGGCAACUGCAUUUGAGGUGAAAAGGCUACUGAUUGCCGGAAAGCAGAAAGAGGCUUUACGGGCUGCUCAAGACGGGCAACUUUGGGGAUGUGCUCUUCUUAUGGCCCGGCAGCUGGGAGAGAAGUUCUACACCGACACUAUAGCGGAGAUGGCUCAACGUCAGUUUCAACCAGGGUUUCCCCUCUGGACUCUAACUCUUCUUUAUGCUGGUCAACAUGCCGGAGUGUUCGUAGGGAACACUAAUUUGUCGAACGUAACAGCGCUUCAACCUCAACCGGUUCCAGCGUCUGCUGUAGAUGGUGCAACACAGGACGCAGUAGAAGGAAUGCUCGAAGAAUGGCAGGAAAACCUGGCUAUAAUGGCAGCUAACCGAACUAAUGGGGACGAGAGAGUGAUUAUGCAUCUUGGUGAUUGUCUCUGGAGACAUCGAGAUGAGAUAUGUGGAGCCCAUAUUUGCUAUCUUGUUGCAAAUGCUAGUUUUGAGCCUUUCUCCCCUUCUGCCAGACUUUGUCUUAUAGGUGCUGACCAUUGUAAGUAUCCACGCACGUACACUAGUCCAGAAGCUAUCCAGCAAAUGGAAGUGUACGAAUUUGCAAGAGUGACCAGCAAUUCCCAGUUUAUUUUACUUCCUUUUCAGCCAUACAAGCUUAUUUAUGUGUCGAUGCUUGCUGAAGCUGGAAAGAUAAAUGAAGCUUUAAGGUAUUGCCAAGCGGUGUUGAAAACAUUGAAAACAGUGGGCCAUGCAGCUGAUGUGUGCAAAGAAGCGGCUGUAGCCUUGGAAGAGCGUCUUCGUAUUCACUCUCAGGGAGGCUUGACAUCAAUUGUGCAACGGAUUUUUGGCAAUAUUGGUCUACACAAGAUGACAGGCCCUUCUUUCCCGAAAGCUUCUGAUAUGCUGAUAUUAAUAACUGUCCCGCAACAACUUCUAGCAGAAGCAGUGUAUCACUUGCCUCGCAAAGCUUGGCGACAGCACAAGUUUAGAUACGAUGAGACACUGAAGCGCUGGGUUGAAGAAGGAGCCGAGGCACAAGCGCCAGAGCUUCUGUUGGCUCCUCCUCCCACGGCAAACAAGCUUCUCUCGCGCGUGGAGGAGAAUGGCGCUCCUAUUUCCAUGUCUCCAGAGAGACCACAGCCAACUCCGGAAAGGCCGCAACUGGUUGUGAGUGGAAUCCCACCAAUGCCUCCGAGCAGUAACCAGUACGCAGCUCACGCACAUCAAAACGUUACAUCAAGAUAUGUCGAUACAUUCAACAAAGGUAGCGUAACACCAUCCAAGACAUCAUCAGACUCUCCUCCACUGUUUGGCAUGGUGCCAAAGGCAACUGUAUUUCUCUAUGGGCUGCCUAAGGAUGUUGUAAGUGAUUGGGAUUCCAUGUUCACUUUGGAGUUUUGGCAGACGAGGCAAGGUAUUUGGGAGAAGUACCUGCCUUUGUUAGAGUUUGCCCAUAACUGUGCCCUCCAUUUGGCUAUUGAGAUGGCUCUGUUUAUGGCAAUGUAUGGCUUUCAACCUUGGUCCCCUGUUGGUAUGAACUUGGCUUCUCUUAAGGAGCACCAGGCAAAGGAGUUGGCUGAUGAGCAUUGUCAGCACAAGUAUUUUCAGGUUGGAGACAAGGUUUUCCUUCAGUUGUCUGAAGCUCAGUGA